AAUUAUCGUUCUCUUUGAUUUUUGGCGAAUUUUUAAAUUGAAAAUCGAAUAUUAAGCAUGGAAAAGUUUUAUUAUUUUCACUAAAACAUAUAUUAAGAAUAUACUGUUUGAUUUUUUUUUUUAGUUAAACUUUUUAAGGGUUAAAGAAUUAAAAAAUAUUUCUUAUUCUGAAUUUAAUUUUCGAAUGUUUAAAAAGUUUUUAAUAAAAAUUUAAAAGUAAUUCAAAUUUGUUAAAAAAGAUGUAAAUUCUUAUUUUUCUUUACAAAAAAAAGCCCAUAAGAAAAUUUUUUAAAUAUUUAUUUAAAAGUUAUUGUUGUGUUUUUUAUUAAUAUUACUUUGAAAGAAAUACUCUUUAAAAAUACUAUAAAAAUUUAACAAUUUAUCAUCUAAAUUUCCAUAAAUAUUCAUAAUUUCGAAAAUUGUUUAUUAGUUUUUAAAACAAAAUAAAAAAUUAAAGCUUUUUUUUUAAUUUUCUUUAUCAUUAUUUUAGUUGUGUUUUAUCAUAUUUUUAUAGUAUAUAUAAUUAUGUUCUUUUUUCUAUAUAAUAUUGCUAGUAUUUAGCAUAAUAUUUUAACAAAGUUUCAGUAAUAAAAAAAUAUUAUAUUAUUUAUCUAAAUACUCGAUAUAUUAGAUUUAUAACUUAUCAAAAAAUAAUUACAAAUUUUAUUUUUUGAUAUAAAGGAUUUAUAUUUUAUUAAUUUUUAUUUAAUAUAGACUCUAUUGCAUUAAAGUAUGAAACUUUUUAUUUUUUUAUCUUAAAUCGCCUUAUUCUUAAGCAUAAAGCCAAAUCCUUUAUUCUUAUGAAUU